CCGCGCGGCUUGUCGCCGGCCGGUAGCUCAGCCUGCGCCCGGGAUUGACUCCGGCACCCACAUCGCCCUGCGCUCAUCCCCCUCGCGGCCGCCGCUGCUCAGCAGCAUCCCACCCCUCGCCCACUGAGCGGCCCCACUGAGUCUCGACGCCGGGCCCAGCAGUACAGGGGUACCAGGCCAGCCUAUGGAGAAUCCCAGAUAACGCGAGUUGGGGGCGCCUACGCCCCCCAUCCCCGCCAGCAUGGCUCGGCCGCCGCCACUCCAGGAGCUGCCCCCUGUCUAUACACCCCCAGCUCGAGCCGCAUCACCCCAGAUCCCAGCUGGGAGCCUAAAGGCUCCACUCUGGCUGCGUGCUUACUUCCAGGGCCUGCUCUUCUCUCUGGGCUGCGGGAUCCAGAGACACUGUGGCAAAGUGCUCUUCCUGGGCCUGUUGGCCUUUGGAGCCCUGGCACUGGGUCUCCGUGUGGCCAUCAUUGAGACAGACCUAGAACAGCUCUGGGUGGAAGUGGGCAGCCGGGUAAGCCAGGAGUUGCAUUACACCAAGGAGAAGCUGGGGGAGGAGGCUGCAUACACCUCCCAGAUGUUGAUACAGACCCCACACCAGGAGGGGGAGAACAUCCUCACGCCCGAGGCACUGGGCCUCCAUCUCCAGGCAGCCCUCGCUGCCAGUAAAGUGCAAGUAUCGCUCUAUGGAAAGUCCUGGGAUUUGAACAAAAUCUGCUACAAGUCAGGAAUUCCCCUAAUUGAAAAUGGAAUGAUUGAGCGGAUGAUUGAGAAGCUGUUUCCGUGCGUGAUCCUCACCCCCCUCGACUGCUUCUGGGAGGGAGCCAAACUCCAAGGGGGCUCUGCCUACUUGCCUGGCCGUCCUGACAUCCAGUGGACCAACCUGGAUCCAGAGCAGCUGCUCAAGGAGCUGGGCCCUUUUGCCUCCCUUGAGGGCUUCCGGGAGCUGCUGGACAAGGCACAGGUGGGCCAGGCCUAUGUGGCGCGGCCCUGUCUGCACCCAGAUGACCUCCACUGCCCACCUACUGCCCCUAACCAUCACAGUAAACAGGCUCCCAAUGUGGCUCAGGAGUUGAGCGGUGGCUGCCACGGCUUCUCCCACAAGUUUAUGCACUGGCAGGAGGAACUGCUGCUGGGGGGCAUGGCCAGAGACCCCCAAGGACAGCUGCUAAGGGCAGAGGCCCUGCAGAGCACCUUCCUGCUGAUGAGUCCCCGCCAGCUGUAUGAGCACUUCCGAGGCGACUACCAGACACAUGACAUCGGCUGGAGCGAGGAGCAGGCCAGCACCGUGCUGCGGGCCUGGCAGCGGCGCUUUGUGCAGCUGGCCCAGGAGGUCCUGCCUCAGAAUUCCUCCCAGCAGAUCCAUGCCUUCUCCUCCACCACCCUGGAUGACAUCCUGCACGCUUUCUCCGAAGUCAGUGCUGCCCGUGUGGUGGGAGGCUAUCUGCUCAUGCUAGCCUAUGCCUGUGUGACGAUGCUGCGCUGGGACUGUGCCCAGUCCCAGGGUGCUGUGGGCCUUGCAGGGGUGCUGUUGGUAGCCCUGGCGGUGGCCUCAGGCCUUGGACUCUGCGCCCUGCUUGGCAUCACCUUCAACGCUGCCACUACCCAGGUGCUGCCCUUCUUGGCGCUGGGCAUUGGUGUGGAUGACAUAUUCCUGCUGGCACAUGCCUUCCCAGAGGCUCCACCUGGCACCCCUCUCCAGGAGCGCACAGGCGAGUGUCUGCGGCGCACAGGUAUCAGCGUUGCACUCACAUCCAUCAACCACAUGGUUGCCUUCUUCAUGGCUGCCCUCGUUCCCAUCCCUGCACUGCGGGCCUUCUCCUUGCAGGCAGCCAUAGUGGUUGGCUGCAACUUUGCAGCCGUGAUGCUUGUCUUCCCGGCAGUCCUCAGCCUGGACCUGCAUCGGCGCCACUACCAGCGCCUCGACGUGCUCUGUUGCUUCUCUAGGUACCAUCUCUGCCUCCCCACCCCAACCCCACCAGGCCUUAUCUCCUUGGACCCCAUCACCUCCUGUCCCCUCACCAGCAUUUCCACAAACCUGCCACCUCCACUCUCUGCCUCUUCCAGCCCCUGCUCUGCCCGUGUGAUUCAGAUUCUGCCCCAGGAACUAGGGGAUAGGACAGUACCAGUGGGCAUUGCCCACCUGACUGCCACAGUUCAAGCAUUUGCCCACUGUGAAGCCAGCAGCCAGCAUGUCGUCACCAUCCUGCCUCCCCGGGCCCACUUGGUACCCCCACCUUCUGACCCACUGGGCUCUGAGCUCUUCAGCCCAGGAGGGUCCACACGGGACCUUCUAGGCCAAGAGGAGGGGACAAGGCAAAAGGCGACCUGCAAUUCCCUGCCUUGUGCCCGCUGGAAUCUUGCGCAUUUCGCCCGCUAUCAUUUUGCACCCUUGCUGCUCCAGUCACACAGCAAGGCCCUGGUGCUGGUGCUCUUUGGGGCUCUUCUGGGCCUGAGCCUCUACGGAGCAACUUUGGUGCAGGAUGGGCUGGCCCUGACAGAUGUGGUGCCUCGGGGCACCAAGGAGCAUGCCUUCCUGAGCGCCCAGCUCAGGUACUUCUCCCUGUACGAGGUGGCCCUGGUGACACAGGGUGGCUUUGACUACGCCCACUCCCAACGUGCCCUCUUUGAUCUGCACCAGCGCUUCAGUUCUCUCAAGGCCGUGCUGCCCCCGCCUGCCACCCAGGCGCCCCGCACCUGGCUGCACUAUUACCGCAACUGGCUACAGGGAAUCCAGGCUGCGUUUGACCAGGACUGGGCUUCUGGGCGCAUUACCCACCACUCGUGCCGCAAUGGCUCUGAGGAUGGGGCCCUGGCCUACAAGCUGCUCAUCCAGACUGGGGAUGCCCAAGAGCCUCUGGAUUUCAACCAGCUGACCACGAGGAAGCUGGUAGAUAAGGAGGGGCUGAUCCCACCUGAGCUCUUCUACGUGGGGCUGACCGUGUGGGUAAGCAGUGACCCACUGGGCCUGGCAGCCUCACAGGCCAACUUCUACCCCCCACCGCCCGAGUGGCUACACGACAAGUAUGACACUACGGGGGAGAACCUGCGCAUCCCGGCGGCCCAGCCCCUGGAAUUUGCCCAGUUCCCCUUCCUACUGCAUGGCCUCCAGGAGACUGCGGACUUCGUGGAGGCCAUUGAGGGGGCCCGGGCAGCGUGCGCAGAGGCAGGCCGGGCCGGGGUACAUGCCUACCCCAGUGGCUCCCCCUUCCUCUUCUGGGAGCAGUAUCUGGGCCUGCGGCGCUACUUCCUACUGGCUGUCUGCAUCCUGCUGGUAUGCACUUUCCUGGUCUGUGCCCUGCUGCUGCUCAACCCCUGGACGGCUGGCCUCAUAGUACUGGUCCUGGCGAUGAUGACUGUGGAGCUCUUCGGCAUCAUGGGUUUCCUGGGCAUCAAACUGAGUGCCAUCCCUGUGGUGAUCCUUGUGGCCUCUGUAGGCAUUGGUGUCGAGUUCACAGUCCAUGUGGCUCUGGGCUUCCUGACCACCCAGGGUAGCCGGAACCUGCGAGCUGCCUGUGCCCUAGAGCACACGUUUGCUCCUGUGACCGAUGGGGCCGUCUCCACAUUGCUGGGUCUGCUUAUGCUCGCUGGUUCCAACUUUGACUUCAUCAUAAGGUACUUUUUCGUGGUGCUAACAGUGCUCACACUCCUGGGCCUCCUCCAUGGGCUCAUGCUGCUGCCUGUGCUGCUGUCCAUCCUGGGCCCCCCACCGGAGGUGGUACAGAUAUACAAAGAGAGUCCAGAAGUCCUCAGCCCUCCAGCUCCACGGGAAGGAGGACUCAGGUGGGGGUUGUCCUCCAGCCUGCCCCAGAGCUUUGCCAGAGUGACUACCUCCAUGACAGUGGCCCUCCACCCACCCCCGCUGCCUGGUGCCUACGUCCACCCAGCCUCUGAUGAACCCACUUGGCCCCCUGUUGCCACACCAGCUGCCAGCAGCUCCAGCAACCUCAGUUCCAGGGGACCAUGUCCAGCCACUGGGUGAAAGAGUGCCUGAAGCAUGGAGACCCUGCUUUGGUCACAGGAAGUCACUGGGAAGCAGUGGGUGGGUCAUUGAAUGCGGGACGGACACCUGGAGAGCCCUGCUGCUGCUGUCUGCCUGCGGUCCCUUUCCUGCCUCAGCCAUCACAGACCUCCCUGACACCAGUACAAAACCAGCACCCUCUGGGCCGGGAGAGCAGCCUUGCACCUGGUUCUGUGUGCUCUGUGCCUUUCUGCGUGGGGGUAGGAGCCGGCACCUCAGGCUUCGGUACAGCCCUUUUCUCCUCGCCCUCCCCUGCGCUACUGGCCCCUCGCACACCAAGCCUGGGGGAUCCUCUAGCACCCUUGGCUGGACCUGACCCCUCCCCCCACACUGCUUGGUAACUCCUGAGUAGGCUAUCUAUAUCUCUGCCCUCCUCCUAUCACAUAAAUUAUUUAUAUGAAGAUGUUUAUUUUUGUAGUUUGUAUAGAUUUUAGCCAUGCUGAAAGUUUUAUUUUUAAAGAGUGAAAUAUAUUCUAUAUGAACUCAUCUCAAA